AAUAAACUUAACAGCAAUAGUAAAACGCAGUUUAACAGAACACAUUUGACUGAGACCAUUUUAAAGUAUCGUUUCAUUCAUCUGACAAGGUCCGGCAUAAUACGACGAAUGAAGAAUAAUCCAUCCAAUUACAUCAUCAUACAUCCAUGAGUAUCCCCAUGGCAGUUUUCGGCGUGCGGCUGAAGCGGAGGCGAAAACGAAGCUCAAUCCACAAUGCGAUGGCGUCGGAAAUGGUCCCCUAUCGCUCUGCUACCGAUCUCAUUGGCCAUGGCGCUCUUGCUCAGGACUGAUCCCACAGCUUCAUGGGCACACGGGAGUGUUUUUCCUGUCACAUUAAUAACAAAAAAUUGAAUUCAGAUUUUCAUUGCUGUGAUGCUUGGACACGGGUUAGGGUUUUGGAGCACAAUGCUUAUGGUUUUGGGUCACCUUGAGAUUUGGCGAGCACAAUUUACAGAAUGUAACGCCAACUGGUUUAGGAGUUUGAUCUUGUUUCCGGAUUUCAUAAAUCGUCUUCUUGCCUUCGUCAUGGUCUAUCGUGUUGGCGGUAAAAUUUCUGAAAAAAUGGCUCCAAUAUCGUCCUAUUUCGCCGCGUCCCUGCCCUCUUUUUUUUUUUUUUUCCUGACUAGUGGAUUUUGUUUCCAAAUCCACAGGCAGGUAACUGCAAUUGCACGAGCAGUAUGCGGGAUCUUGGAAGCUACUUUCAACAAGCCGCAUUCCGCGACAUUUUUUUUUUACUCGUCUGGUUCAUUGCAACGUACUAUUUUUAGUUUGGUUGCCAUGUCACAGCUGUGGGUCCAGGAGCUGUUCUCUUUCUUCAUGCAGAAACUUCUCAUCUGGAAUACUUAUUUAGUAGCCGCAAUCCGGAAUCGGAAAUAAAUUUAGACGUACUGGCAACAUGGCGGGCUCAUGUCAUGGUUGAUUCGUAACCUCAAUCAACGAAAAACUGCUUUUCAUGCACCGAUGGAGAUUUAUCGCCUUUCCAGGAGUCACAGCGGCAGAUGUUCCUCCAUCAUCCGAUGCAACCGUGUUGUAACCUCAAUGGGUAACACCAAGGAAGUCGCGGAUGUCGGAAAAUCAACGCAAUGUGACCCCUGAGCUGUACCAUCUAGGCUACAAAUUCUGUCGUGUGAAGCACUUCAGCUACAGACAACUGAAGGCUUUCGGCACUUGUAGCGGAGCUGGAGAUCUGGAGUAUGCACCAUCUGGAUUCCGGGGAGAGGGGCUCCUACAUCGUGAAGUCCGCAAACGUGCUGAUCUGCUGAUCUACUGCUGCUGCUGCUGCGAACACAACCACACGAUUGUUUGCGUUCUCCCUGUUCUUGCGAAUGAGAAUGCCCCUUCUUUCGUUAUAUAUUUCUUCGAAUUUGAUGACGUGCAGACAAGAGUGUUGGUUUGGAACACAUUAGUGACAUUAUUAUAGUUUGUUGCAAGUGCAGGUAGAAUGGAAAUGAUUCAUCAUUUUGUUAUUAUAUUUACGUAAUAUUGCUGUAAAACUUUGUUAGUCAACGUUAAACUUCUUGCUUGAUCCAAAUGUAGAAUCGAAUUUGUUCACGGUUUUUAAAUUUUCAUUUUUAUUCGUGUUCUUUGAGGUCUUUUGGUAAUGUGUAGUGUUUGUCUAUGUUGGACUGUAAUUCUCAUGUUUCUGCUAUGCUGUGGCUGCUUUUCGGAUUUGUUGCUGAGGAGUCUGGUACCAAAUACUUACAUGAUAAAGACUUCUGUUUUCAUUCGCUCAAGGCAAGCUCUCUCAACUUCAAGACUGUUAAGAUUUCUGAAAAACAGGUCAAAGUAAUACUUUCAGCACAAAUCAAGAACUUCGUCACUUCUGCGGCGUGUGAAUUUGGUAUUCCAAACAGUGUGAAGACAUGAACGGUUGACAAAUUGUUGAAUGCAGGAUGCUGAAUAUGUAAGAAUUGUCGUUGCUUCAAAUUUGGUGCAAAUUUGCUUUGAUUAAUCUAGGGAUAUCACUCUGAGGGUUGUAUUGUAUUAUGUCAUUUGAUUUGUUAUAGAACUCUCAAGGCAACACAGGAGUUACAAAAGAGUGUUGUUGAGAUUGCCUGUUUAGGAACUACUGUCCAUAUUUCAGGUGCUGAUGAGGCAUUACAACACAUGAAACCUACAACUCUUGUUUUCAAGACAGUGGAGAAUGAUUGUCAAGCCACCCGAGACGUUUUCAUGUUCAUCAAAGAUUCUAUAAUAUUUACGCACUCAGAAUCGUUUUUCCAUUCAGGGACUUGCCCAACUCUAUUUGAGUUGUCCAUUUACUCACGUUUUUUUGUAAAAUGUAACAAUUUAUUGAUAAAUUUCCAAUGUGACAACCUAGAGUUGCAGUAC